UGCCGCCUUCUCGUAACGCUCUACCCUAAAACGCCACCAUUAGCUAGCCGCCGUUUCGAAGUCGGAGCGAAAGCUCGAAUAGUUCGUCUUUGAUGUCUUUCCACGAGAGUCUUCACGUUUCGUUCAUCCCAGACACGAGCAAGUCGGGAAGCGUAUAUAAUGUUGUGAAUUGGUUUUGUCACCGCCGCUGCUCGUAUGCCUGCACACCUAUGGCGUUGUCUACCAGCCCCAUCCUAGCUGUCUACCCAAAACAGCACAGCGUCAACUGUUUAUAGCCAUAGCACCAUAUUCGCCUCAGGUGAUUCUCUCCCCCGCGGCGCUCCGCCAAUCUUCGUUGUUGUGGUUCGCAAGCGGCUUCUGCUGCUGUUGAGAAGUUGAGAUCUACCACAAACAGCAGUCGCCAUAAGCAUGAGCGUAGAAAGCUCCGGCGCCAGGAGUGUUGGCAAGGGACAUUGAUCGCGUGACGAACGCAGCAGAAAAGGCAAGGAUACGUGGACAUCAGAAUAGAGGUAGCAAACUUGCGGCAGUAAAAAAAGAAUGAAGGAGUGAGAGGGUCGACAAAUAAUAAGAGUUAGGGCGCUGUUCGAGGCUGUGGAUAGGCCAUCGAAAAGAACAAGGCUGCUCGCAGUUCCGGGGUAGUCAAAAGGGGAAGUGGACAUUGGUGCUGUGUCCGUCUGGCGAAGGACGAACACUGUGAAGACUAACGAUGCGGACGGAGUGGAAUGCUGCUAGAAGUCUGCGGUAGCAAGCAAGUUGCUAGUCGACUAGGCCACAACAGGUAGAACGAAUGUCUCGUUGAAGGAGUCUCUCGCGCGACGGGGGCUUAACAUUACCCCCGAUUUUUUGGAGCUGGAUCAAUCAUCUGUCGACGCCGAAGUGAAGAUGGUCUAUAGGCUUCUGAUCUGUGCUCAGGUGCUGUGACCCUGUAGUGUUUCAAACAGAGAACUAAUUCAGGAAAGUAGUUGUACAAAGCGGAAUAUAGUAGAAACAAAGCAAAAGCGUGUGCGGACGAGUAGAGAAUUCGUCAAAAACUAGAAGAAUAUGGAAGCCGGUAAUUCUACAAUGCAUUUGUGCAUGCAUUUCUAUUGUAUGUAAAUGUUAAGGUACCCCGCAGAUGAAAUAGCAGUAGCGAAUUCUCUUACAAUGACGAUGGUAAAGAUACACCAUAGCGAGGGUCAAGAACGUUGAUCAGACACCUUACGGGGCUGUCUUCCAUUUUAGCACAGAUAUUCCACGAAUUCUUUUGAAACGAUCUCGAGUUUCAUUGUCCUUUAACUGUCACUUCUCAAGCUGUUGACGAAGUUAGUCGAGCCGCCGCCGCCGCCCCCGGAUUUUACGUCCCAGCCACCACUUCUUUCAUUUUCGUCUAUAGUUGUUCCAGCGUUAGCCCUUUGCCAUCAUAGGCAAGGAGGUUUCGUGGCUCCUCACCAGCUACCAGCUCUGCCAGAAGGCCUUCUUUCUUGCACGGCGGCUGGUUUUGGCCAGAAGAGCUUGCGCAUGGACGUGUAUCUGGUCGGCCCUUUCGCUAGCUAGCUUGUAGUCAGCUUGACCGUCGAUCACCAAUCGAGUCCACGGGUCUGAUGCGUGACUCUCAGUAGUGCCGAGCGAAACUCCGGCGUUGCGUCCACGCUACAGCUUAGCUCAGUUGAGAAAGCGAGCGAAUUGUCGGCAGUAACAGCGGCAGCGAUUUUCCAACAGGCAGCAACGUAAAAUCGCCAGCACUAGCCGUUGCAGUAGUGGGUGAACAACCGUAAGAAGCUACUAUCAGAAAGGACGGUUCUAUUGAACACAACACUAUCAACGAUAACCACUGGCAUUUCGACGGCUUACAGUCCAAUCUGGUCUGGUGGCACCAGCAGUUCGUGGCGGAUCAGAACGAAUUAAUUCGCAUAGUUAGUUGCUAUAGCUGUUUACUAUUCGGACGUUCAAACGCUGAGCGUCCAGCGCUAGUAACCAGUGACGAGUGACCAUUAGAAUAGGCCACUCCGGUGACAGCCAUUCCGGCGCCUAACGGCGUUACCCGCUCACACUGGUCUAGCGAUCGUUGUCGGAAUCGGUCAAGCCGGCGUGUGCUAAUUUUAGGAAAGAUCUGCUGGUACUCGUUAACCGAACAAAAUGUAUCCAUCCAUUAGGAUAAGCGUCGACUACUAACAAUAGACAAUACACAAAGAAUACAGUCAACAAAUAUCAGCCGCCGAUUAUAACAGAGAAAGUGAACAGGAGAGCGAAGCUUAACCUAGAGUUAGUUAGACUCCUGAGUAAAUAGGAGUAAUUUAAUCAUAAUAACAACAAAAUCGAUCCUGACUAUACAUCGAGAUGAUAAGGACUUGUACGGUUGAGCUUCGGAUUCGUUCUGACCAGUUUCAUUAGCGAUCUGUUUGGUGUUGCAUGGUGAAUCAUGGUAGUAAUAACCGGUCAUGUAGUGCAGAGAGCGGCGUAUCUGCCAUAGUAUCAUUUGUUUCGUCGAAAGUGUGCAAUCGUGUUAUCUGGACAUUUGGCGCGUGUUUUCCCUAUCAGGCUGUAGGAUGGUUUAAGCAGACCGUCGCGAGAAAGGGGUGUAAUAUAAUUCGUACGGCUGCUUACGGUUGAUCGACAAACCACGCGAGACGAAAGAGCCUGCCAUGCGCGCUCGGGUGGCAGAAAACAAUCACGACAUACGGUCUACAACAGUGGCAAAAUGAACUACGUAAAGUAGAACGUAAUAGGUCUCGUGCCACUUCUGAAGUGACACAAAAAGCAACUAUACGAAGCUUUGAGUUUUUAGAGAAGAAGAAAAAACAAUUAUUCUGUAUCAUGGAGGGAUAGUAUCGAUGAACUGCCUUGUUCAGUAAAGCCGCCCGGUGUGAAGUGUUGCAUUGUGCAUUGAAAUUUGGCCGUAGUGCUAAUUUAAGAUUAGAGUUUACGCUGUUUAUGGGCAAACAGUUAACACCUAUCGUCAAGAUCACCGAGUCAUGGCUUUCAUAAGAUAUCUGCAGGAAAGAGUCGAUUAAUAUCACCGCUAAUUAUUCGUAUUCGUUGAUAGUUGGGUUUCGCGAGCGUGCAUAAUUGCUUUUUUCAUGCUCAUAGCACCAGUGGCAGUGGUAACCUUUUGUGACCACUUGCGCCACUUGAAAGUGAUAUUUGCAAGAUAAUCAUUUUUUUUCUCGUCAAGCCUUUAUGCGGUUCCUUUGACAAAGCAUUUCUACCUUAUAGAUUUACUUCCGUUGUUAUGAGCACAUUUGAUAACAAACAGUCACUUAACUAAAAAAAAGGUGGACUUAGACUCAAAAUAGUUGCCUUUACGUGCACCCUAAUCUUUUUAUGUGCAGUGAUCAGCAUUGACAAGCCGUAAACAUCAUAUCGAACAAGAUCUGCGCAAAUAUCAAUUUCGUUCACAGCGUUCAGUUGAUGACACGCGUAUCGCCGGAGAGAGUGGCCACAGAUCAGCUGUUGCAUUUAACCGGCAGCGUUUUGCAGUUGCUGCUGCACGCAAGGGCACCAUGCGAAGAUUGAAGUGCAGGAAAAACAUGGCAAAGGUUCUGGCCUAAUGUAGCACAUAUGUAUCUAGUCCAGAAUUGAUUGCGUCCUGUUGUCUUCUAAGACGAGAACCUGCCUAAACAUUACGUAGACUGAAUGCUCCCUAUCUAAAAGCAAGCCAUCCAUUUAUUUCGCCGAACGAUGCGUGCCGGCGUGGUGUCACUAGGAUAGAAUUCGUGGAUCAAAAUGCAACCACUACUAAGGCCCUCGGUACAUAUGGGCAUCGUCCUAAUCGUUGCAUUGUCAUUGUCCUACAGUUCAGCAACGGAUGCCUUUUAGUGCAAUUGCAACUCAUAGAGGAAAGACAACAGCGGUGGGCUGUUGGCAGUUUUUCUUCGCGCGAAGACCUCGACAAAAGCAGGGAACAAAUCGAGACUUACGGCCGUGAGUUUGCAUAAUCCAAAGCAAUUCAUUCUCUUACGUUGCUCAUAAUCCAGUAGCUCGACCGGUGAUCAAAGCAGCCGCCAUCGUUGGCGUUCGGUUAGCGAAAAGCUGGAAAAAAGAAGAUUGGACUGUCAAUCAGUGAGUGUGGAUGGAUCAGUCAGACAUCGGCCGACCGUGUAUUGUUGUGUGUUGCUGAGAAGUACAAUUGUCGGUUGGUGAAAAAGGGUUGGUACCCGUUAGUCCAACUGGCGAGAAACAACGGACGUAAGGUAGCCGAAAGCUAUACACCCAUCUGAGUAAUCCCCGCUCGCUGCGCGGCUUCAGGCACACCACAAAAGCAAGGCUAUAGCAGCAAAGUCCCGUCUGUUACGAAAACGAUCUUAGAAAGAAUCUCUAGCUCUGACUAGACGUCAUGGAAUCUCUAACCAAUUUGACAUUUGGCCUGAGCGAGCGCGCGGAGUCAUCGCAGAACAACGUCUCGACGACGCCCCAUCAUGAAGCGCACGACCAUCAUGAUCACGAUGACCAUACAGCGAUAUUCCUAGCAAAAAUUCUCGCGCCGCUAUUGCUUCUAUUUUUUACGUUUCUAUUCGGGGUGUCGCCGAUCGUCAUCAUUAAGCGUUUCACCCCCGGCGCGCAUUCGGGACAAACACACGACAGCAAAUUUCUUUCUUUCCUCGUCUGUUUUGGGGGCGGGGUACUAUUUGCGACAGCGUUCCUGCACGUCAUACCUGAAGUUCGUGUCGGAUUUGUUGCCUAUGAUUUCGAAAUUCCUAUCACUGAACUCGUCGUUUGCCUCGGUUUUCUGGCGGUCUAUUUUGUCGAAGAGGUUCUUCAGGCGUGCAUAGGACAUUCAAGCCACGCCAACGAAGAUCAUGGUCAUAGUCAUUCUCCGCAAGUCAUUCAAUGCGCUACGAACGCGGACGGAGUCUCCUCGGGCAAUACUGCGAACUCUGAACCUUCGGCGUACCAGCACUUUUCAACCUUUGAUCAGAUGGAACGAACCAUGUCCAGUAAUUCCACGCAGGGGGGCAAUGGUGGAAAUCGCGCAAUGCAUGUGCAGCCCUCCCGCGAGCACAACGGAGGGCAUACUCACGGCAAUCAUAAUCAUGCGGUGCCAAACAAGGUCCCGGCACUAACCUUCGGCGGGGUUCUCAUUGUGGUCGCACUGUCGUUUCAUUCCGUGUUUGAGGGUCUCUCGUUAGGUCUCCAGUCUUCGGCAUCGAAAACAUGGAUCAUGCUACUCGCGAUCGCGUUGCACAAACUGGUCAUCUCCUUCGUGCUGGGCUUUGAGCUGUGCACAUCUGGGGUUAAAAAGACUGCUGUGUUAGUCUACGUAGUGAUUUUCAGCGUGAUGUCGCCACUCGGGGCAUUCGUCGGAAUUAUGACACAACGUCAUUUCGAAGAGACUUUAGUCGUUACCGUGUUGAACGGAAUUGCAGCCGGCACUCUGCUCUACGUUACAUUUUUCGAAGUACUACAAAAGCAGAAGAACCUUUCGUUGCACGGGAUGUUCCAGUUGACAGCGGUCAUCCUCGGAUUUGGACUGAUGCUAGCGCUCGAGCUGAUGCUCCCCCACUCGCACCAAGCUGAGGGAGACGGAGGACACGGACACGGAUCUGGCCAUAGGGAUGACUUCCACAGACGACUGCAAGAACCAGUUAAUCAGUGAUGUCGCCGAGUGGACAACAGCUUCAUCAGUAUGUGAUGUUAUAUAAGCAGCAAAAGCAAAUAUCGGCAGACGGCGCGUCUGUCUGUGCAUCAGCUUUUACCAGUCGCGGCGGUGGCGAUGGUGACAAUUACGGCAGCGAUAACAACAGUCAUAUCAUUAUGAACCUGUUUCGCUAUGGUGCUUCCUUCCAGUCGACGUUAGACACAUGGUAAAUGUCUGAGCCAGAUCCUGCAAUCGCGAUGACCUAUCAUACUACGAUAUCUACCAUAGAAACUAUACUCUACGAUACACACCUGCAUACAGAGAAGUCACUACGACAAAACUCGAACUAUUUAACAGAGCUAGCGAUGUUUUAGUGGUUAUGUCUCUCGCUAAAUCGAUUAUUAUUGAGAGCCAGUCAAGGCAACAACUGCAAUUAACAGCAAUAGCGGCUGUAUGCUAAGAGCUACUGUAAUCUGUCAAACUGUAGAUUGCAAUAGAAAUUUGUGAAUGCUAGCAGAACGAUGGGAGUGCUCUAGAACAAACGGAACAUAGAAAACUAACCAGUUCUGUAUCGAAAAAAACAAAAAAAAAAAAAAAAAUAACGUUUACAAACGACAAAAUUCAACACGAAAAGGUUCAUACCACCCUUUGUAAUUGUUCAUAAUCGAACAACACGUGUUUAUGUUCUUUCGCUUGAUUGGCAUGCCUUGCGUUUGUUCCUAUAUCUUCCUCAAUUCAAAUUUCGCGCAUGACUCCAUCGGCGUGCGCGCACCCUGGCGUCAAGUAACGAGGGCGGUGUUACUGUACAAUAUGUAGAAUACGCUGAGAAUGCGAUCGUGCUUACAUAGCCAUGGGAUAAGAGAGAAACACGAGGCGAAAGAUAAAUAAAUAAAUAAAUAACGAUAAAAUGAAACAGCCAAAGAUAGAUAUACACAAAUAUUUUGAUACGAUAA